ACUGUCACUUCACAAACCUAGUAGUAACCAGCAUCGUGUGGAUUGGACUUAAUUGUCGAGAUCUUGACGUGGUGCUUGUCAACGGGCAUCUGUUGCGUGCACCGACUUCCAUUUAUCAAACACGCGUCUUUCGUUACGCAGCGUGCGCUCAACUACCUUACAAACAUCGUGUCCUCGGCCCAGCAAAUUGGUGGUUGCUAGCCAGGCGCGCCAAACCCCCACCAUUCCCUUCGCCGCACUCUGAUCGCGUUUCUGGAAGUCCUCAAUCCUGCUGAUUCUCGCCGGCUCGAGGAUCCUCACGCAUCAGAAACAUAGCGCCGCGGCGAGCCUCGCGAGUGUGGUCAUAAUGGGGAAGCUUAUUCGCCUCGAAUUGUUCAACUUUAAGUCCUACAAAGGCCACCACACUCUUCUGUUCGGUGAUUCCUAUUUCACCUCCAUCAUUGGCCCAAAUGGAUCAGGCAAAUCUAAUUCCAUGGAUGCCAUAUCCUUUGUCCUGGGUAUCAAAUCAUCGCACCUUCGCUCAGCACACCUCAAGGACCUUGUCUACCGCGGUCGCGUCCUACAAACUUCCAAAAUAAACGACGACGGGUCCGUGGACGCGAAUGGGUCUUCGAAUGGUGUUCCCAAUGGCAGCCAGCAGGCUGCUCGCGGUGACCCGAAGACCGCGUGGGUGAUGGCUGUUUACGAGGACGAUGCAGGUGAUGAACAACGGUGGAAACGCUCGAUCACUAGCUCAGGCGCAAGCGAAUACCGUAUCAACGACCGCGUCGUCACUGCGCAACAAUACAACGAAGGGCUAGAGGCUGAGAAUAUCUUGAUCAAGGCGAGAAAUUUUCUCGUCUUUCAAGGCGAUGUCGAAGCCAUUGCCUCGCAGUCACCACAGGAUCUGACCCGGCUUGUUGAGCAAAUCUCCGGCAGCUUAGAGUAUAAAGCUGAUUACGAGAGAUUACAAGCGGAGGCUGAGCAGGCGGCUGAGAAUCAAAAUUUUCAGCUGCAGCGACGCCGUGGCAUCAACUCCGAAAUCAAGCAAUAUCGCGAACAGAAGAAGGAGGCGGACAACUUUCAGAAAAAGGCAGACGAAAAGGACAACGCCAUUGUCACGCACACGCUGUGGAAGUUGUAUCACUUUCAGAAGGCAAUGGACGACUCCAAGGCAGCUAUACACAGCCAUCAUGAAGACUUGAAGGAUCUGAGGCGGAAUGUUGAGACCUUUCAGAAAAAGCUGGAUGUGGCUCGCGAGAACCAAUCUAAUGCAGCUCGGCAAGUUUCCAAGAUUGAGAAGAAUAUCAAGGGCAUAGAAAGAGGCAUCGAAGAUGCCCAGGAUUCCAUGAUUCCGCACGAUGAGAAGAUUGCCGAGACCAAUCGACGCUUGGAAGUGAACAAGUCGAAGACUGAUCGCAUCACACGUGAGCGCGAUGAGCAAGCUGCCACCAUUGCAAAGCUUCAGAAAGACGUUGAGAAUGUGGUGAAAGCCGAGGCCAGAUUCGAGAAGGAGAUCAAAGACCAAAUGCGGCAGCAGGGUCGCGACAUCAGUGAUGCAGACAGGAAAGAGUACGAUGCCCUUCGCUCUCAGGUCAUGUUGAAGACCACUGCGGACCAAAAGGGACUUGCGCAAUAUGAGCGCACAGAGAAAGCCGACGAAGUCACCUACAGGAAUCUGGAAAGCAAGGUCGAUUAUUACACGAGGCUCAUCGAGAGGAACGAGGCCGACUUGGCGCAGAUUGCGGAGAGGAAAAAGUCGACGGAGGCGAUUGCACGGGAGCUGACCAGCAGUGUCUCCUCGAUGAAGAAGGAGUUCCAUCGAUUGCAAGCAAAGCGUAUUGAGAGCAGCCAGAAACGGACCGUUCUCGAGGAGAGGCUUGAGGAUGUGUCCCGAAAGCUGAAGGACGCUGAUGAUGGGCGCCGGCAAAGCGAUAGGGAGAGGAGGCUAAAGGAUAUGAUUGCCACUCUCAAAAGUGCUUAUCCGGGUGUUCAUGGCCGUGUUGGCGACCUUUGCAAGCCCAAGCAGAACAAGUUCGAGGAGGCUGUUCUUGUGGCUCUAGGUCGAAAUUUUGACUCCGUGGUCGUAGACACGGAGAAGGUCGGUACCGACUGCAUCGCCUAUCUACGCGAGCAGCGGUUCCCCACAAUGAGCUUCAUUCCUCUCGACAACAUCAAAAUUCCGCAGCUGAACACGAGCAUCAAGGGUAUCAAGGGUGCCAGGUUGGCUGUGGAUACUGUCAACUUCGACUCGGCUUUUGAGCGUGCUAUCAUCUACGCCUGUGGCAACUCGGUCGUGUGCGACACCAUUGAAGUUGCAAAGCACAUCUGCUUCGAGAAAAAGUUCCCUGUCGAAGCUGUCACUCUGGAUGGCUUUGUCAUCCAUGAGGGUGGCACUAUGACGGGAGGAAGGGGCCCCGACUCCAAGGGCAAAAGGAGGUUCGAACCGGCAGACAUUCCAAACCUCGAGAGGUCGGCCAAAAAUUUGAAGGAAGAAAUUGAGAACCUUCCAAAAGCCGAUCGUCACGGCAGCAAGGAAGAGGCUCUUGAGUCCGAGCUAGCUGUCCUUGAGCGCAGGCUCAAAGUCGUGAGUGAUGAAGUCGAUGGCUUCACCAAAAACUACGAAAGCAAGCACAGUGAAGUCAAAAGUCUGAAGAAGGAGCUGCGUGCUAUCCAGCCUAAAUUCGACCAAAAGAAAGCAGAGCUGGAGAGUGUCAGAGCAAACGUUCAGAGAUUCAAGACCGCCAUCAGCCAAGUUGAGGAUGAAGUCUUUGCCAGCUUCUGUUCAAGACUGGGCUACAGUGACAUUCGAGCGUACGAAGCCUCACAGGGGAAAUUCGAGCAAGAAGCGAAUCAGAAGCGCCAGGAGUACUCAGUACAAAAGCAAAAGCUGCACAACAGGCUCAAUUGGGAGAUCGAAAAUCACAAGCAAACGGAAGCCCGUCUGAAGACCACUCGCGACAACAUUCGCAAGCUCGUCAACGACAUCAAGGCUUUUGAAGAGGAGAAGUCCAGGCUUCAAAGUAAGGUCCUUGAGAUGCAGGCUGAACUGGAGGCACUUCGCGAGCUUCUCGACGAACACAAAAGCGAGCUUACCGAGCGCUCAGAGAAGGUGAGCGAAGCUAAGGCCGAAUUACAAAAGCGCAGCAAGGGCAUCGAGAGCCGCCAAAAGGAGAUCACAGAGCUGGAGAACAUUGCUCUCAAGAAUAGCUCCAGCAAGUCAACGCUCUUGCGUCGUUGUCGUUUAGAGCAGAUUCAAGUUCCUUUGGUCGAGGGCAGUCUGGACGACUUACCAUUGGAAGACGAAACCAUGCAUGGAGAUAUCGAUGGUAUGGAUCUUGACGAGGAUCAGGAGUCGACGGACGACAUUGCCCGGCACCACGGCGUGGAAAUCGAUUACUCGAGCUUGGACCCGGAAUAUCGAGAAUCAGGCGAUGAGGAAGUUGAGGCUCAACUUCAGCAACACAUCUCGUCACUCACCUCGGAACUCGAGAAAUUGAACCCCAACAUGCGCGCAAUGGAACGACUCGAGGGCGUUGAGACACGACUCAAGCAGACCGAUGAGGAGUACGAGGACUCCAAAAUAGCCGCUCACAACGCUAAAGAAGCUUUCCGGGAAAUCAAAGAAAAGCGGUAUGAACUAUUCAACAAGGCGUUCUCUCACAUUCAGGAUCAAAUCAAGGUCGUCUACCGGGACUUGACACGCUCUGAAGCGUAUCCUCUGGGCGGACAGGCUUAUCUCGACAUUGAAGAAGAUACCGACAUGCCGUAUCUUUCUGGUAUCAAAUAUCACGCCAUGCCGCCUCUCAAGCGAUUCCGCGACAUGGAACAUCUCUCAGGCGGUGAGAAGACAAUGGCAGCCUUGGCAUUGCUGUUUGCGGUUCACAGUUAUCAGUCGAGUCCUUUCUUUGUCCUAGACGAGGUUGAUGCAGCGCUCGACAAUGCCAACGUGGACAAAAUCAAGAAGUACAUCAGAGAUCACGCUGGACCAGGCAUGCAGUUCGUCGUCAUCAGCCUGAAGGCUGGCCUCUUCCAGGACAGUGAGAGUUUGGUAGGAGUGUAUCGCGAUCAAGAAGUGAACAGUUCACGAACAUUGACACUGGAUCUGCGUAAAUAUGCGUGAGAAACCUUUCUUCACAUCUGAGGAAUGCGCGCCCCCGGUUGGUAGGGUGGUUCAGGCUGUACUGAGCCGUUAGGAUUGUUCAAUGGUGACGGAAUGUAGUCGUAUGGCCUUGAGGGGCAUUCUGGUGUUUAAGUCGUUGCCAUAACAUAUCAAAAUUGUCUGUUCGUGGCCAUUCAUUUGGUUCUUUCAACUAUACAUCCUAUUAAUGGCAUCUAAGGCAGAUAGAUACUGGGUGCUUGUUCCUGUCAUUGUCUUGACCUGGUGUUGAAUCGGCUGUGGCUUGAAGUUCACCUACCCAGCCACCUUAGUCAUCAUCCAGCAGGCCCUUGCGCUAGAAACGCCCAGCGUCUGUGCACCUUGCUCAUUGUUAGGU